UAAAUAUGUACAUUAUUUUUUCUUUCUGAUUAUGUAUGUAAGCUGCCUCUGUUAUGUGCCAUGUGUUUUGUGGGUGGUCCCCCCAAGAGGUGGGGCCACCUGGCAAUCACCGCCUGGAACUGCCCACCACCUUAUAAAUCUGGAUGUUUUCCCACAGUUCUUGGCAGUUCAUUUUGAAUGUGCCUGGGAGUGGUGAAUUUACUUGUGAUCUGCUGAGAUUUACAGAUUAUUUGACCUUCUGUUCCUUUUGGUUACACCUUUGGAUUCUUUUUUGGGCACCUCCUUUUUGGCUUUUAUGGAGCUUGCUGUUUGUUAUAGGAUUUUGUAAAAUACAUUUUUUUUUUAUUUAUAAAGAAUUCUUUUCUUGCCCUUAUUCUAACCGAGGUUUGGUGGUGUACCCCUGUCUAGUGGGCAUUUUUUAAAUUUCUUUUGGAACUUUUCAUUCACUGGGACUCUCAGUCUAUGACAAACAUUAAACACUAAUUCUAUUUUUUCUUCUUUAAAUAUGCAGUGAAUUAUCAAAAGUUGUUACUUCUUAAGAAGGAAAUUAAUUCUAUGAGGACCAUCACUCAAUCAGAAAUGAAUUCAAUGAAAAGUUUAACAGCUACUCUUACAUUAGACACUGACACUGCUCACCCUGAACUGAAGAUUUCAACUGAUGGAAGAGGAGUGAAAGAAUAUAACAGACAAGAGGAUAUCCUUGACAAUCCAGAAAGAUUUGAUUAUUGGGCUUGUGUUGUGACAAAAGAGUGCUUUGUGUCAGGAAGGCACUACUGGGAAAUUGAUGUUGCUAAAAACAUUUAUUGGGUUAUAGGCGUGUGCCGCGACUCUGCACGAAGAAAAGGGGACUUUGUGUUAUCCUCCCAAUAUGGCUACUGGACUCUGUCUUGGCAAAGUGAGGAGUUUUCUGCUCUUACUGAUCAUGCCAGUCCCAUGCAUUUGCAAAAAGAACUGAAGCCACAGAAACUCGGAGUGUAUCUUGAUCAUGACAAAAAGCAGCUCUCCUUUUACAACGUAGAUACCCAGUCUCAUAUUUACACUUAUUCUGACAUGAGGUACCACAAAAAUGAAAAAGUUUUUCCAUUUUUUCGAACACGGGAUCGACUUACAGAUCUGAUUAUUCUGGAAGAAAAAUGAGAGUAAUCCGUCAUAUGAACUGUCUCUAAAUAUGGUAUUUUACUAUGUAAUAAAAGAGAUAUUACCUUCCAAAAGUAUUAU